UAGGUUUCAUAGUUGAUCUUCGAAACAGCUGUAUAAUGUGUUUUUGCGGUGUUAUCAGAUUAGACACAGACUGAGGCAUUAGUAUGAUUAUCUGUAGUCAACAAUGCCACUCAUGCCCUGCAUAAGCAUUGACUGACUUACUAUAUGAUUUGAGUGCUAAAAGCAGUAAAUCUUGCACAGAUUGAUAUUUAGUACUCUCCGAUGGAUCCAAUUGAAAGUACCGAGAAUGGCAGGGAGUACACUACCAGUAGUGAUGAAGAUUUGUAUAUUUGUGAUCAGGACAGUGUGGCCAGCAGUGUGGAUAGCACUCUUGACCCUGUUCUAGAUCGGCCUUCAUUUGACAUUUACACACCAGAGGAGGACUGCGAUUCAGAGGCCAACCUACUACAGCAGAGAAAGAGAUGUCGCCUGUCUUCCACAUCUUCUACUGGAGGAGAUGGCAGGGAAAUUGAAAAUGAUGGCGUAUCAACAGAAAGGUGGCGUAGCUCAGAUGAAUCAGAUGUUAAACUGCUUCAGCCAGACUUCACACCUGUCCAAGUACCUGGGCCAAAGCUUUUACCACACAAGUGUAGCAGUCCUCUGCAGUUUUUUCAGCUGUUGUUUCCAAAAGUAAUGAUGCAGUCUAUUGUAGGGCACACAAAUGUCUAUGGGACCAAGUGCAAAGAUGUGGGUGAGCGUUGGCACUACAUUUCUCUAAAAGACUUGAAGUCGUACAUGGGACUUGUAAUUUACACAGGUCUUUUGAAGUGCUCUUUACUGACAGAAUACUGGAGGGAGUCCCAGUACUUCAGUCCAUCCUUUCCUGCACAAGUCAUGUCUUAUGAAACAUUUGUGACAAUCGCCAAUACUCUUCAUUUCAGCAAUACCACGGAGGAUAAGCAAAAUUACUCAAAGAAGGGAACAGCAGCCUAUGAACGGUUGGGUAAAAUUCUACCUCCGUAUCAAUUCAUUCGAGAGGCCUGCAAGACUUAUUUUCAUCCCUUUCAAAACAUCACCAUUGAUGAAAGAAUAGUGACACCACAGCCUAGAACUGCACUCAAUGCCAGGGAAAACAAAUCUACAGAUGGAGGAUACAAACUCUUUGCACUGACAGACUGCACCUGUGGUUAUACUUGGGACUUCUUUAUUUACGAGGGGAAGUUACGUGCGUCACAGAACGAGCGCCUGAGCUAUGAGUCCGUUAUGGCAUUGGUGGAUGAAAAUAUGUUGGGCUUUGGGUACAAACUGUUUCUAGACCAAUUUUACACCAGCCCCACACUCUUCAGGGACCUUCUGGGUAAAAAUAUCUAUGCUUGUGGUCCUGUUUUGCCAACCAGGAAAGGUUUCCCAAAAAUCUUGGUGAACAGAUUAUCGAAGAAAGCUCCACGUGGCACCAUGCGUUGGAUUAGGGACGACGAUCUUCUCUUUGUUGAGUGGAAAGACUCACAGGAAGUGCAGAUGUGCUCCACCUUCCAUAAAGCCUAUGAAGGCGAUACUGUGCAGAGGAAGGUGAAGGGUGAUUCACAUCGGACCCUUGUGGAGGUUCCAAUUCCAGCUGUAGUGUUGGACUACAACAGGAAUGUGGGGGCAGUGGAACCAUCCAAUUUCAUCACUGGACAUUACAGAGUUCUACAUAAACCGAAGAAGUGGUAUCAGUGUGUUUUUUAUCACCUUUUGGACAUCGCCGUAGAGAAUGCAUUCAUUUUGCAUGAACUGGUGGCUGAGAGAAAAAAACAAAAAGCUCUGACACGGAAGACAUUCCUUGAGACGCUUGUUUUAGAGCUUACAGAAAUGGAUGCUGAGAACAGGUCUGCACCGGUUUCCUUGGCUCCUCCUGUGGCUCCCUUCUCAUCUUCUGUUUCCACUCCUGUCUCAGCUCCUCCCACACCUCCAGAAUCAUCACUUCCUGAAGGAUCCCACAGGCCCAAGCACAUUGUGCCGGACAGUACUGUCGGUAGGCGCAAGUGCAAGCUCUGCCAACUGAAAACUCCAGUCAUAUGUGUGACUUGCGACGUGCCGUUGUGCUUUCAACCAAAGCGUGACUGUUUUAAUCAGUGGCAUGAAAACAAGGUUUAAUAAAUGAGGGUUUUGAAUGUGGACAGAUGGUUGUAGUUUUUCCAUUACUUUAUUUCCUGACACUUAUUUGAAUAUUCAAAUAAAAGUUUAGUUUUUUUUGUUUUUCUAAAAUGGAAAUAAAUAUGGGUAGUAUUUCUAAUAUCAUCUGCUUUUAUAGUCAGUGCUGCAAACUCACAAAUCUGCUUUUGCCCCAGAAUAUGUGGAACGAU